AUGGCUUCCAACGCUCCAGGACAAUGCUGUGUCACUUCCAACUUCCACGAGGGUACUCCAAAGGGCUCCCACGUUGACUUGUUCGGCCUGAACACCUAUGUCACUGGUGAGAAGGGUGAGCGUGUCAUCGUCUUGAUCACUGAUAUCUACGGCAACAAGUACAACAAUGUUCUUUUGAUUGCUGAUGAGUUUGCCAAGGCUGGUUACUAUGUUUUGAUUCCUGAUAUCCUUAAAGGUGAGGACUGUGUUCCGUCUGUUACUGAUAUUCCAGAGUGGCUGGGCCGUCACGGUCCUGAAAUCACCACCCCAAUCGUUGACGGGUUCCUCAAGUCGCUCACAGAGUCAGGGAGCUACUCUUUUGUUGGUGUUGUUGGUUACUGUUUCGGUGCCAAGUACGCUAUCCAACAAUUGGCUGAGGGCAAGUACGCCACAGCUGGUGCUGUGGCACAUCCUUCGUUCGUCACCAUCGACGAGGUUGCUGCCAUUACCAAGCCAAUCAUCAUCUCAGCAUCAGAGAUUGAUUCAAUCUUUACUGUGGAGCUGAGACAUGAGACUGAGAAGAAACUCAGCGAGAUUGGUGCAAGAUACCAAAUUGAUCUGUUCUCAAAGGUCUCCCAUGGCUUCACUGUGAGAGGCGACUUGAGCGACCCUGUCGUGAAGUACUCUCAGGAUAAGGCACUGCUUGACCAAAUCACUUGGUUCAACUUGUUUUAG